AUGAUUACGAAAAUAACACCUAACUUUCUUAUUCCAAUCUCAGUCACACGCCUCAUAGAUAUGUCGACUCCACUCAUUUACAGCACCCAUUUUUACGACUGUUUAAUUUCCUCCAAAGAGUCUGCAGUCACAAGUUCUACAUUCGACUUUCAUCAUGCGCGCUUGCUUCCUAUUGAAUACAAAUAUAGUAGUAGAAAUGAUUCACUGUCAUCAGAUAGUAGUUUCAAUCAAAAUAGUCCUGAAUAUCCUCAGAGCAUAUCAGAUAUUAGUUCAGAUGAUGAUAGUUCAAAUAAGGAGAACAUUUCUAAAAUCAAAAAAGAUGAUAAGACUGAAAAUGUAGAUUUAAAAGAGAAGACUAGUGCAAAUCGGAGUGUAAAACCCCCUGUACGAUCGAAUUUUAAAACUUUCAUCUCCGAAAGGUGA